UGAUUGAUGCCUCCUCACUCAAACUUAGGCACUUGUGAACGCUGAAAAUUUAAAAUGACGAUAAUUCAUAUUGUUCUCUUUGAGUGGAAGCCCACUGUUUCCUCAGAACAGAUUUCAGAAGUAUGCAAACAGAUGCUCGCUCUCAGGGACAAAUGCAUCCAUCCUACCUCCCAAAAACCGUACAUUAAAUCAUUUUCUGGGGGAAAGAACAACAGCCCUGAAGGCCACUCUGGUAACUUUACCCACGGAUUUGUUGUAGAAUUUGAGAGUGAGGAAGAUCGCGACUACUACGUCUACAAGGACCCAGCACAUCAAGACUUUGUAAAACUCUCUGGCGAAGUGGUAAAUGGUGUGAAGGUCAUAGACUACGAGCCUGGAAAGUUGUGAAACUGCGUUGUAAGUAGAUGCAAGGGAGCAAUUGUAAUGACUUCAUAUGUA